ACAGGGCUGAGGCGAGGAAAGCGAUGCGACGGACGGGCGCUCCCGCUCAGGCCGACUCUCGGGGGCGAGGGCGAGCAAGGGGCGGCUGCCCUGGGGACGAGGCGACGCCGUCUCUUCCUCCACCUCUCGGCGGGACCCGAGGACAGGAGCCUCAGAUGAAAGAAACGAUCAUGAACCAGGAAAAACUGGCCAAGCUGCAGGCACAAGUGCGCAUUGGUGGGAAAGGAACUGCUCGCAGAAAGAAGAAGGUGGUUCACAGAACAGCCACAGCAGAUGAUAAAAAACUGCAGUUCUCCUUAAAGAAGUUAGGGGUGAACAAUAUCUCUGGUAUUGAAGAGGUGAACAUGUUUACAAACCAAGGAACAGUGAUCCAUUUUAACAACCCUAAAGUUCAGGCAUCUCUGGCAGCAAACACCUUCACCAUUACAGGCCACGCCGAGACAAAGCAACUGACAGAAAUGCUUCCCAGCAUUCUAAACCAGCUUGGGGCAGACAGUCUGACUAGUUUAAGGAGACUGGCUGAAGCUCUGCCCAAACAAUCUGUGGAUGGAAAAGCACCACUUGCUACUGGAGAGGAUGAUGAUGAUGAAGUCCCAGAUCUGGUGGAGAAUUUUGAUGAGGCUUCUAAGAACGAGGCAAACUGAACAGAGGGGACUUCUGAAGAACUGACUCUUGCAGAAGUUACAGGAGCUGCUAUUUUAUAUCAUGGCUGCUUUUUAAAGGUCUUUUGUUUAUGGAUCUGAUCAAAUCUAGAUCGCUAAUAUUUUUAAGCCCAAGCCCCUUGGACACUGCAGCUCUUUUCAGUUUUUGCUUAAACACAAUUCAUUCUUUGCAGCAAAUUAAGCUGAAGAAGCCUGGGAAAUAAAGUUUGGAAAAGGGUUAAUAAAAUUCUUUGCCUA